CUUCUUCUUCUUUUCUGCAAAGAUUAGUGAUAAUUUUCAAGAGAGAAGUUACUGCCUUCUCUUGAGGGCUCUUGGUUAGAGCUAAAGAAAGAGACGUUAGACUUGUUAUAACAGAAAACAGUGCCUGGCUUUUUUUAACUCCUGCUGUUGUAAUGCAUAUUCCUGUAGACCCCAGCACCAACCGGCGCUUUACUCCUCCAUCCACCUCUUUCUCCUGCGGGAAAAUGGGAGACAGCAAUGGAACCAUAAGCUCCUCAGGUGCCGGGAGGACAAGAACAGAGAUACGUACGGUGGUGGAUGUCCUGGCGGAUCAUGCAGGAGAACUGGUCAGGACUGACAGCCCCAACUUCCUCUGCUCCGUUUUGCCUUCACACUGGAGAUGCAAUAAGACCUUACCGGUAGCCUUUAAGGUUGUAGCGCUGGGUGACAUCGCUGAUGGAACAGUAGUGACCGUCAUGGCUGGAAAUGAUGAGAACUAUUCAGCUGAGCUAAGGAAUGCCUCUGCUGUCAUGAAAAACCAAGUAGCCAGAUUCAAUGACCUCCGUUUUGUAGGAAGAAGCGGAAGAGGCAAAAGUUUCACUUUGACAAUCACCGUUUUUACAAGUCCGACGCAAGUUGCCACAUAUCACAGAGCCAUCAAAGUAACUGUGGAUGGUCCACGAGAACCAAGAAGGCAUCGGCAGAAACUUGAAGAACAAGGAAAGCAUUUCCAAGAACGCUAUAGCGAGCUUGAGCUUAUUCGGCGACAAAGUAUAAGGGUUCAGCCCAACCCAAAUCCAAGACCCUCACUGACAAACCCAAAUCCAUUCAGCAGCCAAGCUCAAAGUCAAAUACAAGGAACAACAGAUCUAAGCCAUUUCUCAGAUCCAAGAUCAUUUGAUCGCUCCUUUUCUACUUUGCCAUCUCUCUCAGAGACAAGAUUCUCAGAUGCUCGAGUGCACUAUCCCGGAGCCAUGUCUUCUGCAUUUUCCUACACGGCUUCUCCCUCAACAACUGGAAUAGGAGGCAUCAGUGUGACAGGUAUGCCUACCACCACACGUUUCCAUCCCACUUACCUUCCUCCACCAUAUCCUAGUUCAUCUCAAAACCAAAGUGGACCAUUCCAAGCCAAUGCUUCUCCUUACCAUUUAUACUAUGGCACAUCUUCUGGAUCAUACCAUUUCUCCAUGGUUGCAGGAGAACGCUCUCCUUCACGAAUGCUUUCUUCUUGCACUAGUGUGGCAGCUGGGAACAACUUGAUGAAUCACAACCUGACCAACCAUAGUGAUGGAGUGGACGCAGAUGGAAGCCAUAGUAAUUCUCCCACAACUUUGGCUAGCAGUGGGAGGAUGGAUGAGCCUGUCUGGAGACCAUACUAAGUGUAGCUAGAAAAUAUCAAGACACCUGAAGCUACUGGAAUGUACAAAGCAGAUACAAUUAUAUUCACUUGAUGGUACAUACUGUAUUAUAAGAGAGAUAUAAAUGUAUUAAGAACUAUCACUGUAUGUGCAGGUAUUCUUUUAGAAGUAUAGUGUAGCAGUCUCAGUACUAUGUAAGCAUUAUCAUCUCAAAAUGAAGACCACAUUGCUCAUCAAAAUGAGAGAUAUG